AUGUCGACACAACCUCCGGCUAUUCCCCCGCGGCCGUCACGCACGCCUCAGCAGCAGCAACUACAGCAGGGCCCACCACCCACGUCGGUACUAGACGGUCCAAAGAUCCCUCCUCGCCCGAAUAAGCUUAUAGAACGUUCUAUGUCCCCGCUACGCCAGAAUUACGCCCCGUCUCCUUUGAACGAGAAGCCCGGCAGCUCGGGUCUAAGCCGAACGACCUCAAACGACCAGGUGCCACGGCCUGCCAGUGUAACAAUACCAUCUCUAGGUGAGGAAGGCAUAGAAUACGAAGACUUGAGUGUUGAAAAGCCUGCGGAGGACCCCGAGACUCGAAAUGUCGGCAGCGAACUCAAGCUUCAUGCGCCGAAGCCGUCUUUGCCCACGUCCAGUGCCACUGCAAAGGUACAGGCUGUCACCAGGACGGAUUCUCGCCAGGCGGCUGCGGCUGGCAUUGGUGCGGAAACUCCAGGAUCAGAGGAGCAACAUGAGCGUUCCGGCCGCCCGCUUCACUCCAGAACGAUUAGUUCGCGAGAAGAAUCUUCCACUGCCUCUGCAGACCGUUAUAAUGAAGAGCAUGGGAUCCCAGAGAUAGGACAGAGAGUCCCAAUGUAUCCCAACGCGGGUGAUGUGCAAGCUCCAUCUCCUGCGCCUCAUCAUCUGGAACAUGGGCAGCGCCCUGGGCGUAGUCAACACCGUGUUCGCAGUAGCCGUGAAGCUUCUCUGCCCCCGGGUAGCUAUGGUCUCCAUGGUCACGGCGUGCAUAAUAAUGACAAGUUUGAGAAAGCUUGGUAUCAAAAACACCCUGAUGAGUACGCCAAAGAAGAACAGAAUCAACAUGCACCGGGUGGUACUCCCAAGCCGGAUUGGGCCUUGAGCAGUGAUGACCUGAACAAGAUUGUUCGUGGCUCAGCCGUGACUGGAUCGGGAUUGGGAACCUCUCCUGCCGUAACAGGUACUCCAAAAGAAGAAGUCGGCUAUAUGGCUUCGGACGAAUACACUCAGCGCAUGGCAUCUCCGGCACCUGAUCGCAGUGCGCGUCCUGCGGUUGAGUCACCCUUGCGGAAGAUGAGCCAUCCCACCACCGAGAAAGAGAGCAAGCAAGAAACUACGCAUGAUUCGGGCGUGAUCCACGUCGACGAGCCCUAUCACCAUAGUCAUCACCCCGAUGGCUUUGCACCAACUCCCGCGCCUGAGGAACAGGCUAAACCAGGUGAUGAUGAACAUGAGGAAGAAGAGCCCAUUCUGGCAGCCGAUGAAGUACGCCCAGAAUCAGCGUUCCAGCAUCCGGCAGUAUCCCCUACUCUUGAGAGGGGCGAUAGCUUCGAUGAGUUCCGGAAUCAAACUCCUAGCACUGGCCACAGUCGUUCCAACAGCAGAUCCACCAGUAAUCACGGUAGGCCCGCGUUGGCACGUUGGACCUCGCGUGGCUCAGAGCGGGAAGACCCUCAUACGCCUUUGGAGGAUGUCGCAGAAUAUGAGCCAUUAUUCCCAGAAGACAAAAACAUGGAAAAGAAACCCGUGUCGACCGCGGAACGAUUCAAGCAACGACCCGAGCUCAAGCAUAGGUUCCCGAGCCAGGAUAUCUGGGAGGAUUCGCCCAACAGCUUGCAAUUACACGCCACUGUCACGACGCCAGACACACAAAAACUUGAGUCAUUCGAAACACCAGAGCAGGAAUCUAUUCGUAGAAGCCAGGCAGCCUCCGUUGAUCCUCAUGAAGUUGCUACGCAUAUCCUCGAGUCGGAAGAGCACAAGGAGAACGAUACGAAACGCCCAGAUCUCUCCAAGCAGAGGUUUCCCAGCAAAGACGUAUGGGAAGAUGCUCCUGACAGCCAACAGUUGGUGACGACCGUGAAAGCUUCCGAAGAAGCUCCCCGCGAGGUGCCUCAGGAAGCUCCCAAGGAGAACCCAAAAGAGGGGUUAACUAGCCCGGAUGUGCCUAAAAAGCCAAGCAUCCCUGCUCGACCUGCGAGGCGCCCGCAAUUAACUCCUCCUGCGGUGGAUCCCUCUACCAAGCCAGGAACUUCGCCUACUGAAAAGCGACAGCCACCAAGCAUACCCGGUCGACCAAAACCACAAAUCCCGACCCGCCCAGCUAAGAAGAGUCCUGAAGAACCAAAGAAAGAGGAGCCCAAGGAUGCCACAGCCAAACCGAAGCCGCCGGUCCCAGCCCGUCCUGGUGGCAGCAAGAUCGCCGCACUGAAGGCUGGCUUCUUGACGGAUCUUAACUCACGUCUGCAGGGCGGUCCCCCGAAGCCACAAGAGAAGAAGAAGGAAGAGGAACCAGCAGAAAAGAAGCCGCUCCAAGACGCUCGUAAAGGCAGAGCUCGUGGUCCGGCACGGAGGAAGCCCGCCCCUGCGGCUACUCUUCCUACCACAGCCACAACGACAACCAAAACUGUGGGUGCGAAGCCCCCUGCUGCUCCAGAGGUCAAGAUUGCGGAUGUAUGGAACAUUUGGCAGAUCAAUGAAGGUGGUCAGUUGGUCGUGAGUGGGCAGGAUGUUAGCAAGAAGCCGGAGCCGGAGCCAAAGCCAUCCCCAGAACCAUUACAGGCGGUGACAACCCAGUCAGAAGAGCCAAAACCGGAGUCACUCAAGCCGGAGAUUCCUCCAAUGGCCCCUGAGCUAUCUAAAAAUGUCGCUGGUGAACCAACCGAUCUGGUACCGUCUCCUGAACCGACAAAGACACCCGAAGCCAGACUCGAGAAGAAGCCAGAACCGGUCGUUGAGCCUGUAACCAAGCAAGAAGAGGAAGAAUCACCUCUGGCUGAACCCGAAAUCCCAACCACAGCCAAAUCACCAACCACGUCUCCGAUCACUGAUACCCCAAACGCUGAGAUUCCAGCCUUUGAUCCUAAAAUCAUUGAGCCUCGGGAGACCAACAAGCCAAGUGACGCAAGCCCUGAGUUGAAGUUGGAGAAAACUGUUGAGAGUAUGGCUGCAUCUGCCGAUGGCAAAAGAGAGUCAGACGGUGACAUCCAGAUAGACCAGUGA